GGAUGGAUGUCAAAAUUCAACUGGGCUGGUGCUGUUUGUCAGAGAUCGACUGUGUUCCUCUGGGCUCGGCUCUAAAGUUCAAUUCUUCUCAUCUAAGAGAACUGGAACUGAGUGGAAAUGAAGAUCUGCAGGAUUCAGGAGUGAAACAUCUGUGUGGUUUUCUGCAGAGUCCAGACUGCAGACUACAGAUUCUCAGGCUGAGUUUGUGCAGUUUGUCAUGGAUCAGCUGUUCUUCUCUGGCCUCUGCUCUGAAGUCCAAUCCCUCCUAUCUCAUAGAACUGGAUCUAAGAAAAAAUGAAGACAUAAAGGAUGCAGGAGUGAAGAUGUUGGACGAUUUUCUACAGAAUCCACUCUGUAGAUUACAGACACUGAGAUUGGGAUGGUGCAGUUUGACAGAGAUCAGCUGUUCUUCUCUGGCUUCAGCUCUCAAGUCCAAUCCCUCCCAUCUUCGGCGGCUAGACCUGACUUGGAACCAGCUUCAAGAUUCAGGAGUGAAGUUGUUGUGUGAUUUUCUGGAGCAUCCAGACUCUAGAAUACAGACUUUGAGACUGGCUAACUGUGGUUUGUCAGAGCUCAGCUGCUCAUCUCUCGUCUCGGCGCUGAAGUCCAACCCCUCCAAUCUGACGAAGCUGGAACUAAGUGCAAAUAAGCUGCUGGAUUCAGGGGUGAAACUGCUGUGUGGUUUCCUACAGAGUCCAGACUGUAGAGUACGGGAUCUGAGACUGUUCAACUGCGGUUUGUCAGAGAUCAGCUGUUCUUAUCUAGUCUCAGCGCUGAAGUCCAAUCCCUCCCAUCUCAGACAACUGGAACUUAGUGGAAACAGCUUGAGUUAUUCAGCGUUGGAGUUGAUGCAGAAUUUUCUGCACAAUCCAGACUGUAGAAUACAGAAUCUUUGGCUCUUUGAUCAUCGACGAGCAUUGGACAUAUUAACUGGAGUCCCAUUUAGCGAUUGUUUGGAUGAAGACGAGGACGCAUCAGAGUCUGCAGAGUCCAGCUGUGGGUCUAUGAAGAGUGACCAGUCCAAAGACCCUCCUCUACACUCUGACACUGAACCUGGACCUGCAGAGAAAAGUGAUGGACCGAAUAGAACUACAGCUGACAGACACCAACAAUAUCCAUCCACAUCAGUCUCAGACCUGAAGGUGUGUGAGGACGUGGCAGAGGUCUGUGUGGACCCAGACCCUGGCAUGAAUCCUGCAGAUCCACAGAAGCAGCAGCUGGUCUGCACAGAGGCUCAGGCUGGAGCGUCCAACUGGGAGGAGUUCACACCUGAACUAUCAGCUGAGUCUGGACUCAUUUCAUACAGGUUCAGCUGUCCUCAUUCAGGUGCCUUCCGUUGUACUCGGACUGGAUUGGUGUUUGUUGUGGCUCGGGAGGCGGGGCUGAUGUACGGGACCGUCCAAUGGGAUGAGCUCCUCCUCCAGUCAGCUGGCAGGACGCCUGCAGGGCCGCUGUUCAGUAUGGAGUGUCCUGAGAACGCCGUUUGGCAGCUCCGCCUCCCACACUGUGAGACCAAGCACGGUCAACGCUCUAACAGCCUGCUGUCUGUGGUCCACAUCACUGAUGAUGGAAUGGAGUUCACUGAACCUCUGGAGAUCACAGACACUCAUGUGGUCAUCAACGUCCAACAUCUGUCCCUGUUUGGCCUCGUCUGGGAGGCUUUCAGAGGCUUUUAUCAGUACAUCAGAUCAGUCAGUGGCCAAGUUCUGCUGUUCCUCACACCACCAAACCCAAGAACACAGAGACAGAAACUAGAGAUGCUACUACUGCCAAUCAAUGUCCCAGUCAAAGAUGUAAAGGCUUAUGUAAAAGAAAUUGAACAGAAUGCCGUAUACAUCAGUGUACCUGCCACAUGUGACCUCAUAACCAAAGAAAAAUACUGUGUGGACUGUCCUGAAGCUGAACUGAUACAGCCGGAGGCAAGCAAGUUUGACCUGAACUUUGGACCAAAUUAUCACACGAUGUUUGAGAUCCGUCUUCCAACAAACGCAGAACGAGUGACUUUAACGAUCCGACACCAAGGAAACGCCGAGGUCUGGAGGCAUGAAGUAGAUCUGACUGAUCCUGCUUUAACUGGAGGAGGUGGACUGAGGACUCAGCGGAACAUCUCACCACAGCAGACGUUGUCUUCGGUUCGGCCUGAAUUUGUGGAUCGUGUGACGGAUCCUGUUCUGAACCAGCUGUUGGACCGACUUUUACACCAGAUGUUUAUUAAUGACAGAGAGUAUGAGUGUGUAAAAACGAAAGGCCGAGCCCAUAAGGCUGCAGAUGUGAUCGACACGGUGCGACGCAAAGGACCAGCAGCGGCAUCAUUUCUGAUAUCAGCCUUAUGUGAACUGGACUGCAACCUGUCCAGAACCCUGGACCUGGACCUGAGUCCUGAUCCACAUUAGACUGAUGCACAAAUGAAAGGAUUAUCCUGAUACUCUGGGCGAUAAACCACAUCCCUGUUGUAUCAUGAUCAACAGACACACAACUGGAAAUAGUAUAAAUGUAUAAAUAGUAUAAAUAGUAUGAAUAGCUUUUUUGACAACUGUAAAUAGUGUAAAUAGUAUAAAUAGCUUUUUGGAUUUGUCUUUAUUUAUUUUUCUUCUGCUCUUGUGCUUUUUGUGCUUUGCUGCUGUAACCUGGAGUUUCCCCUGGUGGGACAAAUAAAAGCUUAUAUUUCUGA